AUGAAGCUGAAGCUGGCAAAUGGUGAAGUAAAGCACCUCCUAAACUCGAUCCAGCUGGGGGCCUACCGCAGAGCUGUGUACUACGCAGGCCAGCCCAAAGGCUUCCGACGGUGCGGGAGCUUGGAACAUCUUGCCGCAACAUCACACACACAACUGUUUGAAGACUGCCCCAGAGCCUAUUCUAACCGGUUGAAAGGACAAGCCACCCCAGCACAUCCAUACCCAGAGUUUAUUGAUUGGAGCGACGAACAGCAGGAAGAUACCCAGAAUCCAGUAACCGACCCAGUAGAGAUUCCAGAUCCUGAAAAUAAAGGGAAAGAACCCAAAACCGACACCCCUGCACCAACUACGACCCCUCCGGAAGUCCGUCUGCUACAACAGAAGACUCUUGGAGCUGAAAAGAUCCUCAACGAAAUUCUGGCACAACUCCCUGCCCAACCACCUGCAGGGGUCCCAGACGACGAAGCACCAGGCGUGGAGGAGACUGGAGAUCAAGGAGGCCAGCAUAUUUCCUCAAGCGACCAGGACCUCACCCUUUCUCUAGACCACCAGAGAAUCCCCGAAGCCAGCUCCCCAGAGAGGAGAGGGGGAGGGGCCUGCGAAGGCCCCACCCACACAACAGGAGGGGGAGCUGGGGCCUGCACAGAGAGGCUGGUGGAGGAGCCGAGGUCUGAGGCUCUUCCCACCAACACCAUGGUGCAGAGGGAGCAGGAGGCCCCUCCCGCACAGAAAGAGGUGGAGGAGCAGAGGCCUGUAGCUCCUCCCACCCACACCAUGGUGGAGGGGGAUCAAGAGGCCCCGCCCCCAUUGGAAAAAAACCAGCAAAAGGCUGUGGGGGAGGGGGACCCUCUUGACCCCCUAAACAAAUGCCUGAGCCUCCUGUUAAAAGAACCCCACAACCCCAAGAGGCCUUUGUCAGAGUCGUCCUCUGGAAAUGAAGAGUUCCCAGAGAAGAGGGGGAGAGCUGGGUCUCCUUCAGACAGUGACUCUGUGGAAGAGCCCAGAGUCUUCCCCUCCGACUCGCCCAACGAGGUCUCUUUCCUCUCCGGAGCCAGACACUCGACUCCGAAGCUCCCCCUAGUGGAGGGGCAUAGGAGGGAUCAGGCUACAUCCCCUCCCUCACCCAUUGACGAGGAGUCGGAGCUAGAUCCACAGAGGAUAAACAUGACCUGGUUUUAA